AUGGCUUCGACAAUAGUUGACACCAUCAUUGGGCAGGAGCCCGAAUACGUCUACUUUCACUACGACGGGAAGUAUGGGCAUCGCCGUGAAGUCCUGAAGGAUGGCAAGCUCAAAACCACAUUCACCGAUAUCCCUCUCAUUGAUAUCGCCGGUCUUUUCAGCGACAAUCUGACAGAUCAAGUCAAGGUCGCCGACGAGAUCAGAAAGGCUUGUGAGGAGGUGGGGUUUUUUUACAUCAAAAACCAUGGUGUGGAACAGGAACUCAUCGACGACACCGUUGAAGUGAUGAAGGACUACUUCAGGCAGCCGACAGAGAAGAAAAUGGACCAGUGGAUCUACAAAAACACCAACCUGCAAGGAUAUGAGCCGAUCUUUGGUGCCCGUUUGGACGACACGAAAUCACGCGGAGAUCGCAAAGAAUCCUUCUUACUCACCUACGACCCUGAAUUGGACCCUGUUCCCCCCCAACUGACAGCGUUGCAGAGAGCCCUCUUGGUCGAGAACAACUUCCCCGCGGAUCAGCCAGAUUUCAAGGACCAGCUCGUGUCGUACCACAGUCGGCUUAUCAGGCUCUCCAGAGUCCUGGUUCAGGCCUUCGCUCUGGCUCUAGGCCUGGAGAAAACCGCCUUGGACGGUCUGUUUUCGUCACCACAUUCUACCAUGAAAAUCAUUCACUACCCCCCUCAAGAGCCGGAGAGCCAGGACGAAACUGGCAUUGGAGCUCACACGGACUUUGAUACAUUCACCAUCUUGUGGCAGGAUACCGUCGGAGGGCUCGAAGUGUUGAAUGCAAAUGCACACUGGGUUCCGGCGCAUCCCAUCCCCGGAACGUUUGUAGUGAAUGUGGGUGACUUUCUGAUGCGGAUGUCUAAUGGCCGGUUUGUUUCUACGGUCCACCGCGUCAGCAACACAACAGGCCACGAGCGCUACUCCCUCCCCUUUUUCUUCAGUUCAAAUCACUAUGCGACUGUAGAGCCUCUCUCGGCUUGCCUGACACCUGAGAACCCCCCUCAAUAUGAACCGUUGACCGUCUACGAGUAUUAUCAGAAACGUCAGAAGCAGCAACGAGAACGAUUCUUGAAUCGGGGGUUUCUUGAUAAAUAG